AUGGAAAAUCUUCUCAAUCACCAAUGGUUUGCAUGUGGAUUCAAUAAUUAUCAUCAAAUUGAUGACUACUCUCCAAGAACCUUUCACAAUACAGCCUCAACUUCUCAAUUCCGACAGGACCAUUUCUCGUUUCGAAAAGUUUGUUUCGAACCGUUUUCACACUCUUCUCAUUCAGAUUCUUUUGAAUUGAAUCACUCAUUGAGUGAAGAUCACAACACGACAAGAAAUGGACAACAAGUGUCAUCAUUGCUCUCAUUGGCGACUCAAGAUCGACAGGAUCGAAUUCAAUUAUUUUAUGGAGAAUUUAUUGAGACAGUUUGUGGUGGAAGUUUUCACACAGUGAUCAAAACAAAUUUUCAUCGAGUUUUUAUUUUGGGAGCUCCUUGUUCGGAUUUUUCGGAACAAGAUUUUGCAAUACUCGAAGAAGAAGAAAAAGAAAUUGGAUAUGAUGCAAAUUUGAUGCCUUCAAGAGCACUCUUUGAAAAUUCCAAAAUUGGAGAUGUGUCAAAUGCCACCUUAUUACAAACCACCGAUGACACUCAUACAGAUACUUUUGAAAGAGGUAGUACUACCUUAUCAUCAACAGCCACUACUAUUACAUCUGCUUUCGAUCAAGCACGAGAUGACUCGGAAUUGAACGAUCCUUCUUCUUCUUCCGAAUCUUCAACUCCCAAUCACCUACUUUCCAAAAAACGAACUUUUUGUGAAAUUUCCAAACAUCCCUUACUUCGACAUUCCACCAUUUCACACAUUGCUUGUGGAAGAGAACAUACAAUUUUAGUUACCUUGUGUGGAAAUGUUUUUUCACUUGGAUCGAAUUCACAUGGACAAUGUGGAGUGAAAGGAAUGAAAACCUUACGAGGAGAAACAAGUAUAUUUUCAUUGCGAGUGAAACAAUUGACCAAAGUUGAUUUCUCACAUCUCUUUGAAAGAAACCAUCCUGAAGAUGAUCAUCCUCACCAUUUGAGAAAGAAUCUUACACAUUCUGCCGUACGCACAAAUCAUCAUUUGAAAUUUUCCAUGAUUGGUUGUGGACAACGAUUUACCAUUCUUGUGCAAGAAAAUGGUUUGGAAAUGAUUGUUUUUGGAGAUAAUACGUAUGGACAAUUAAUGUUAAAUUCUAAUCCAAAUUCCUCCAGUAAUAGUGACACGAGUCCAUCGAAUGCUUCCAUUUUCGUUCCACAAGUGGUGAAUUUUCGAGAAUUACUAAAUGCCACUCAUCACAACCAUCAUGACAACGCAUUUAGAACGAACAAUGAUUGUGGAGAAAAAAUUGUAAAAUUGGCAGUAGGAGGUUUUCACACCAUUAUUCUCACUUCACAUCAUCACAUUUAUGUUUCAGGAAGAAACUAUGAAGGUCAACUUGGAUUAGGACCAUCCUGCAACAAUUCUUAUGUUUCCUCUCUUUUACAUUUUCAAAAAUUGACCUAUUUCGAAGAGAGACACAUUCGAAUCGAAUCGAUCAGUUGUGGUGAAAAACAUUCUGUUUUUUUAGCAUCGAAUGGAAAUGUCUACGCUUGUGGAUCGAAUUAUAAGGGACAAACAGGAAUUCAUUACAAUUCUGUGGCGAGCACUGAAUGUUUAUUGAAAGUUUCUCAUUCAUUAAGUUCCUCUCCGGUCCUGCCCUCAAGAUUAGAAAAUUCAUCAGAAACAUUUUCAGCAUCUUCUCUCAAUCACUAUCAUCAAUAUAUUCAUGAACCUCAAUUAUUAUUAUUUUUUGUGGAGAAGGGAAUGAAAGUGAAGGCGGUGAGUUGUGGAGCAUUUCAUACGUGGUUUCAUGGUGAGAAUGGAGAGUCGUAUUCGUGUGGAAGUAAUGAGGAAGGUCAAUUGGGAAGUGGUUCACAGGUUCGAUGUCAAUUGAUUCCUGUGAAAUUUAAUGUGAAUCGAGUGCAGUGUCACAAGGACGAUAAUCACCUGAAGAGGAGAAUGAGUCUCAUGAUGAGGUCGACCACCAGUGAAGAUCACGACAUUAAUAGCAGCAGCAGUGAGGAUGAUGAAGAGAGCACCAAUCGUAUGAUGAAUCGAAUGGAAUUGGAAGAACCAAUUUCGAAAAAGAAGAGAAAAGAUAGAACUAGGGCUGUUGCUCAUCAUGACUCUUUUUCACAUUUUCAAAUUCUUUCCAGUUGCAAUAGUUAUUGCUCCUUCUUGAAUGCCUUCACGAGCAAUCCAAGAUUGGUACAUUUUUUCAAGUGCCUCAGACAGCAUGUGGUGACCAGUGAGUGCAACUGCUGUAUGAAGAGCACUGAUUCCGCAGCCUCAAUAAGUCAUGGGCGUUUCUGUGAGUGUGCCUUACUGCUGGACACCAUCCACAACAACAAAAUCCUGUCAUUGAGCGAUAUUAAUAUUAUUUCAGUAUCAUCCAGCAAUAACAAGCACUAA